AUGGAAGAAACGACCAAUGCCAAUGCCCGUAGUCGGACUCCCGAUCGGGCGGCUCUUGAGACCGAGAACAAACUUCCGCCACCUCCGACCGCCGUCUCCACUGCACCGACCUCUUCUCAGCGACUGAAGUCCACCACACCACCACAUCGCGGCAUCCGUGCUGGAAAGCGUCAACGAGUCUCGGCCAUGGCCUUCAAUGACUUGUUGACCUCCAAAACCCCGUCUGCUAGCUCAUCCUCCGACCGCAGCGUAACACCACCUCACAUGCGAGCUACACCAUUACACGCGCGUGCACAGUCCAACAACGCCCAGCGGCGGAACUUGACUAGCCCUCCACGUUCUUCACCACGCUCACCACCAACAGGUCGACCUGCUGUACCACAACACCGCCGCCAGACCGCCAGUGAUCCACCACACCAGCAAUCACCACCACCUACCCGCAACAUGGCACAGUGUCAUACACCACCACGUCACCGCGCGGCCAGCAACCCCCUCGAGUUGAGAGUACACGCCAUGCAACUACCGCGCGAGUGGACCACUCUGCAUGUAUACAGGCACUUCGAGCGCUUUGGCAACAUCUCACGUAUUGAUCUCCGAGAGCCAGGCACUCGUGACAGAUCUGCCAAUAUUGUCUUCCGACCAGCACCACAGGACACUCUCUGGGUCAAUAGGCCGGUUCAAGGCAUUGACUCGAGUGGCGUGCUGCGCUCAAUCCCAUGCAGAAACGAGACCAAGUCGGUCUUCAGGGUUACAAUGCCGAGUGGCAAGCUUUCACUUCCAGAACGCAUGUCCGUUCCACUCACGGAGGUCGACUUUGGCGUCAUGCGCAAUGAGACCGUCAUGUCGAGCUUCUUCACAGCACAAACCACCAGUACAAGCCAAGCACAGCUCACCAUGGAUCUACAGAUGAAAGCUCUCUUCAUACAGUUCCCGAUCCAAGUCAAGGCCUUAGCACCUUCAGGAACAGAACACGUCGUUGAGCAUCUGUUCAAGGUUCGCAUCAACCCAGCCCAGGUCUGCGAGGCUCGUGCUCCCAUUGUGCCGGAGGGAGCCAAGUAUCACACAAUCGUGCUGUCUAUCGAUAGUCCACCAUUGGUAUACCGGAAGACCACGAAAGUAUACGAGACGCACGACCCAAAAGCAACGUACUGGAACGACCGGCAGAUAUGGUUUCGACAGACAGAUAUUGACUUCAAUCCGUCAGGCAGGAAGAGUUGUGUGGAACUGCAAAAGCACGACGCCUUCAUCGACAUCGGCCGUUGGCUGACCUAUCAACUGACUUUCAAACCCGAUAUGUGGCACACACUGCCACUCCGGAACAUCAUGCAGGCUCUGGGCGAGCACAAUAUCCCGCUCGAUCGGCACAAGACUACAGAAGUAGAGCUCCAAGAUGCAGAAUCCCUAUGGGACUGGCUUGGCACCACAAAGCACGCCAAGUCAGAGUCAACAUCCUUCCUCGACGAGCUGCAGGAGAUGGCGGAGGAGGUGGUACACUUGCCAUUCUCUCUUCGCUACCAGCUCGAGGUGUGUCUCAGCAUCAGAGUGCUUCACGAGGUCAACAUGAGUCAAGACUUCCUCAAGAGACUGGCCGCUAUAGAGCCCGAUCGUGCUGUGAAGGUGCUCGAGAAGGUCGCAGAUGAUCGACAGCGGUACUACAACCCAUACGACAUCCUCCGACUGCAGAAUCAGGUGUUGGUCGUGCAGAAGAAGCGCCCAGCCUACUGCACGAAGAUUCCAGCAGUGAUUGUAACGCCAAGCACUCUGCACUUCGCCACUCCGGUCUUGGAGACCUCCAACCGAGUCGUUCGUCAAUACCAACAGUAUGAGGAUCGUUUUUUGAGAGUCAAGUUCCGGGAUGAGAACCACAAAGGCAAGAUCUGGCCUGCAGAUGACCACUCUGAGAGCGAAGUGUUUUUACGCAUCAGUCGAGCCAUGACCCACGGCAUCAAGAUCGGCGACCGUGUCUACGACUUCCUUGCCUUUGGUAGCUCUCAAUUCCGCGAGCACGGAGCAUACUUCUUUGCCUCGACAGCUACCCUCACCGCUGCUGAUAUUCGAAAGUGGAUGGGUAACUUUACUCACAUCAACGUUGUUGCGAAGUAUUGCGCUCGUCUCGGUCAAUGCUUCUCGACAACUCGUUCUAUCCCACACGCAGUAAAUAUCGAGAAGAUUCCUGAUAUCGAACGCAACGGUCACUGCUUCACCGACGGCGCCGGCAAGAUUUCGCCAUUCUUGGCCCGACUCAUCGCACACCCCUAUGGUCUGCCAAACUCUGAUGAUGACCACCCGUCCGCGUUCCAGUUUCGUCUUGCCGGCUGCAAAGGUGUGCUGUCAGUAGACCCUGCGCUACGAGGGUUGACCAUUCAGAUUCGUCCUAGCCAGCAGAAGUUCGCUGCGGAGACAUUCGGUCUCGAGAUCUGCCGCAUCUCCCAAUACUCAACAGCCUAUCUGAACAUGCAAAUCAUUUUGGUGCUUUCAGCCCUUGGCGUGCCGGACCAUGUCUUCCUGACCAGAAUGAGGAACAUGCUUCGGGACUUCGACGAAGCCAUGGUUGAUGAGAACGCGGCACUGAUUCUCCUGCAGAAGAAUAUCGACUACAAUCAGAUGAGUUUGACUCUAGCUUCAAUGAUCAUGGACGGUUUCAUGGAGACCAAAGACCCCUUCACUCUGACUUGCAUGCGUCUGUGGAGGGCUUGGUCGUUGAAGUACCUCAAGGAGAGAGCACGAAUCUUCGUGGAGGAGGGUUUCUUCGGCAUUGCUAGUCCUGACGAAACCGGCACCUUGCGUGGCCAUUACGAGACUACAGUAGCCAAUGGCGACGCCAACGACGACGAGAAGUUGCCAGAGAUCUUCUUGCAGAUCCCAGAUCCAGAUAUGCCCGGCAAGUACAGAGUACUGCUUGGUGUCUGCGUACUUGCUCGCAAUCCGUCACUUCACCCGGGAGACGUUCGAGUCGUGAAGGCCGUAGACGUACUGGAUUUGCACCACAAGAAGAACGAGGUCAUCUUGCCUACCGCUGGUGAUCGUCCUCUCGCCAACAUGUGCUCUGGCGGUGACCUCGAUGGCGAUGACUUCAUGGUGAUCUGGGACAAGGAACUUAUUCCGCCAGAGCGUAACCAUGAGCCCAUGGACUACACGUCGCCUCCACCAGCUACCAGCGAGGGAGCAGUCACUGUAGCCGACAUGUCGAGGUUCUUUGUCAACUACAUCAACAACGACAACCUCGGCCGGAUCGCGACUGCUCAUCGCUACUGGGCCGAUAUCCUCGACGAUGGCGUCAAGGAUCAGAAGUGCAUCGACUUGGCCAAUCUUCAUUCCAUGGCUGUCGACUACGUCAAGACUGGCGUGCCAGCUCACAUGCCAGCAGAUCUAAAGGUCAAGAUGUGGCCUCAUUGGUCUGAGCCGAAAGGCAAGUCAAGAAGCAAGGUCUACGUUUCUCGCAAAGUCCUUGGUCAGCUAUACGACGAGGUCAAGCGGGAGACAGUCGUCGCUGCUUGGGACAUGCCUUUCGAUGACCGCAUCCUUAGCGCUCAUGAGCCAACUGAAGAUAUUCUCAGGGAUGCCCGCGAGGUGAAGUCUCUCUACGACGAGGCUGUCCGCCGCAUUAUGGCCCAGCAUGGCAUCAAGACUGAGCUCGAAGUCUGCACCACCUUCGUGCUUGAGCACCACCAAGACAUCAACGACUACAAGUUCGCCGAGACAAUGGGCGAAGUCGCGUACAACCUUCGACAACAGCACCAGGAGCUAUGCUACGAGAAAGCUGGUACCGAUUCCAAGGCUCGCGACUGGAACAAGAUGAAACCGUUCCUGGUCGCCAUGUAUCGAGUCACGGCUGAAGAGAUGACUGCGGCCUUGGAGGAGACUACGCAGACGACUGUUCGUGGAGGCCGAGAUGUUCCUGUCCGGCAGCGCACCUUUGAGGGCAUGCCAUUCAUGUCGUUCCCUUGGAUCUUUGCUCGAGAGCUGGGACAGAUCGCAACGAACGGUGUCGAUCGACACGAGGCCAUGCCAAGACCCACUUUACCUCCCAAGAUCAGCAUUAAGAAGCCAGUCAACGAUCUGCUAGAUGGCGAUUACGCGCCUGCGCCACUUCGUGAGGUCUGUAUGGAUGGUAGCACUAUGCAGGACGGCGAGCUUCUUGAUCUCACAGGCAAUGAUAGUCAGACGACCGUUGUCGCGAGCGCUCCCCAGCAGGCGCCCAAUGUUGGCUCCUUCGACAGUGCCAUCGACAGUGCCGUUGAUGAUUCUAGCAGCGAGAUCGUUCGAGUCGAUACACCAGCGACAGAUGUGGAGGCUAGUACUACGGUGGGUGACUAUGUUAACGUCCGCAAGGAGGUUUUCCUGCACGAUACAUCUGAUGGUGUCGCAAAGGUGUCUGAAGAGGUCGCGCGGAAGCUGCGACUGUACGGGGAGGCUGGGUUGCCAAUGGAUGCAGCGCGCGCCGCUUCGAGUAGCAUUGGGCAGACUGUGCUACCGAUAGAGCGCCGUGCUGCAGAUACAGAGCCAUUCCCACGAUAUGACGACCUCGACACUUCAACCUCAGCGCCGAACAUCGCGCAGGCCCCGAUCGGCGGUCGAGGCGAAUCGCUCUCCAACGCGCCGCUGUUCUCUUACGAAGAGCCAUCGGCUGUGGUGUUGGAGGAGGCUGAGGAGGAAACAGAGGAUGGCGAUCAGGAGGGACCGGGCAGCGAUUUCGAGGGCGAGCAGGUUGAAAUCGAGUUCGACACCAAGCCGAAUGCGCUGGAUCGUCUCAAUGCAUUGGUCGGAUCAUAG